AUGGAGCGGGAGGCGCCGGGCGGCGCGGCGGAGCUGCUGGCGGCGGCGCAGGCGCAGUUGGCGGCGCGGCGGCUGUCGGCGGCGGAGGAGCUCUACAGCCGCUUCAUCGCCCGCGCCCGCCGCGACCUCGCCACGGCCCUCAACAACCGGGGCCAGAUCAAGUACUUUCGGGUGGAGUUCGCCGCCGCCAUGGAGGACUACACGGCCGCCAUCGAGUGCCAGCCCGGCUUCGAGGUGCCCUACUACAACCGGGGCCUGGUGCUCUACCGGCUGGGAUGCUUUGAUGAGGCCAUGAAAGAUUUCAGGAAAGUAUUAGAGUUAAACCCCCAGUUUGAAGAUGCUGCAUUGAGUCUAAAACAGGCUAUUCUUGAUAAAGAAGAAAAACAAAAGCGGGGCUAUUGAAAAUGCAGCUAGUGGUGUGAAAUGUUUUGCUAAACACGUGAUUUUUGUCAUUGAUGGAUGAAACACAAGAUCAUUUCCAUCUGUUAUGACCUACUGAAGAAACCUCAUUCUUGGACAAGUAAGUUAAAAAUGGAUUAUGAUUGCAAAAUAAACUAUUUUUGGAUAUUGUUAGUGUUGAGGAAAAGCAUGAUGUUAGAUCUCUGUGAGAUACUUGUACAGAUUUUGUACAGAAGUACUUCAUAAAGAUGUUGGAAGCUCAGUAACAGCAAAUGAAGUCUGUAGUUCUCUUAUUAAAACUGUGUUUCUGUACUCUUUCACAGAUUGUUUUAAACAGUCUUUCAUGGGGAAGAAAAAUCAGACUAUAUAAAACAUUUAAAUACUUAAGAUUGGAGCUUGUGAGAAGUACAGUAAUUUAAUAAUGAUAGUGUUUGUCCACAUUUAAAUGUAAGUUUGAUUUAAGCUAAAAGUGCAGUUGUUAAUUAUAAGGUGUUGUCCUUGAGAUGCUAUGGUAACUGAUUUCAGAGUGUUUCUGUAAGAAACACUUAACAGAAACAAUGAGAUCUUUUUAGGUAACACCAUCUGUACCUUGCAUGAGGAAUGUGGUAUAAGAGUUCAGUCCUUCGUACGUUCAUUUGCUCCUAGAGGUAGUUUUAUAUGACCUAAACGGGUAGGAACAGAGCAUACCUAUUUUUUGUAGUCCCAUUGUAAAAGUAUUGGACAGGUUAAUAAUUGAAUGAAUAAAAAUGAACAUGUACUUUUUAUCUCAUGAUUGUCUUGUAAAGAGCUUACGGUAGAGAAUGUAGUUGGGCUGUUCACAGUAGGAAUUGUGGCUUUCUCCUUGUUAUUGAAAAGGUCAAUUGCUUGAAAUAUAUAAUGUGAAAUCUGUCUGAUUGAACUGGCUGUGAAUACCCUGGCAGCUUCAUUUCUCACAUGAUAGGAGGGACCAUUGCUGAAAUCUAUGAAUCAUUGCUAAGAAACACCCUUGCAUGUUCAUAUCAAUAGAACUUCUAAUAAAAGAGAUACUCUUUGGUUGCCCAUAUGAGCAUUAGGAUUUUUUUUUUUUUAAUAAAUUAUGCUAAUGACAA